AUGGGGUGUUCAAACAGUACUGAAAGAUCAUACGAAAGGAGAAAAUCAAAAAGUCCAAAAACUUUACCAGAAAUAAAAAUAACAGAGGACUCGGACAGACACUCGAUUAAAUCAUCAUCCUCUUCGUCGUCAUCUUCUUCUUCCUCCUCUUCCUCUUCCGGUUCCCAUAAGGCCUCAAAACCAAGGAAACCCAAAAAACUCCGGAAGUCUAAGAAAGGUCGGAAAAAUAAGAAAAAGGAUAAAAUAGAAUGCGAGGUGUUUGAGGAUAAAGGCAGUGAUAAAGCUUCCUUAGAUAUCCAACACAAUGAAAUUGAUGAACCUGUCGCGAUCGUCUGCGUUGUAAAGCAGGAAGAACCAGUUUUAUUGAUAUGCCCAGCAGCGGAAGAGAAAGCACAUGUUACAGAGGAAGCGGAAAUUAUAAUGCCGGAAGACAAAUCACCGGAAGAAACAAAACCGGAACAAGAGACCGACAACACUGAUGAGAAACCAAGCGAGACAAAUCAGGAAUCGCCAGAAAAAGAAAGUGGACAAAAUGAGGCUUCUGAUGUUGAAUACUGA